ACUGAUUUAUUUCAUGGUGGCCUAUACGUCAUUCCGCCGCACUCGACCCUGUCACAAGAUUUUCUGCUACUAUAGCAGCUUCGCCUACAAGCGGCACGGGCUGGGCAACUUUCUACCUGAGGACAUCGACCCCUACCUGUGCACACACAUCAUCUAUGCCUUCGUAGACAUCACACCUGACGGCAGGGACUUGGUGCCUUUUAACUACAAUGACCAGGGACCAAAAGGUAUCCCUGAAAGACAAGAACCCCUCCUGAAGGUCCUACUUGCCGUCGGGGGGUGGCAGAUUGGAUCUGAACCUUUCAUCCCCAUGAUCAAAAAUGAGGACAACCGAGGAGCAUUUAUUGGAAACGUGAUCUCCUAUCUGAGGAAGCACGGCUUUGACGGCUUCGACGUGGACUGGGAAUUCCCGGCCACCAGGGGAAGUCCCCCUGAGGAUAAAUAUAGAUUUACACAGCUCAUGAAGGGGCUGCACGAGGCUUUCCUCCAAGAGUCGCAACACACCGGCAGAGAGAAGCUUCUGCUGACCCUCGCCACAGCCUCUGGAACCUUCUACAUCGACCAGAGCUACGAGCCAUAUCAACUCAUCAAAUACAUCGACUUCAUGUUUCUGAUGACCUACAACUAUCAUGGUCAGUGGGAGAAGAUCACUGGCCAUCACAGUGGACUCCACCCGCACCACGAUGACCCCACUACUGGGGAAAAGUCACAGUUGUACCAGCAAUGGUCCAUCGACUACUGGCUCCAAGUAGGCAUGUCCAAGGACAGACUGGUGGUAGGCAUACCUACCUAUGGCAUGUCCUUCACCCUGGCUGACGCAGCAGACAAUGGGGUGCACGCCCCAGCAGCUGGGGGCGGCAAGAUGGGCGACUACACACAGGAGACGGGCAUCAUGGCGUACUAUGAGGUGUGCCUCAACCUGCGAGACAAGGGCUGGAACUCUGUGUGGAUCGAGGAUCAGGCGGCCCCCUACGCUGUGGGCGGGGACCAGUGGGUGGGCUACGAGGAUCAGAAGAGUGUGGCACUCAAGGCACACAACAUCAAGUCGCAGGGCCUAGCUGGGGCCUUCGUCUGGUCAGUAGAGAUGGACGACUUCCGGGGCACGUGUGGCCAGGGGCAGUACCCACUGCUGACCAUCAUACAGGACAUUCUUGGAGGCGACUCCCACUACAUUUCAGAUCAUCGACCAGAAGCUGCCGGUUAUCCUGCCCAAGAAAUAGCCCACAACGUGAAGCAGACGCAGCAGAUCCAAGUCCUGCCAGAAAAAGUCAAACUGGACGUUGCCGAGAGCCCUGUGGUCAAAGGUGGCAGGCGCCGCUCAUUCAGAGGUGCUGUACACGGUGUGGCUGCAGCAGCAGCGGCCGCCGAACCAGUUGCAAUCGAACCAGCAACAUUUGAACCAGCAACAGCCCAACUUGCUCCAGUGCAAACAUCCGACCAGGGUUCUAGUUCUGAGGUGCCUCGCCAGUCGAAUGAUGCCCAGAAAGGGUCUUGGUGGUCGUGGUCGGUGCUAGCGGACCAGGGCAAGGAGUGGUGGCAAAGGACAAAGAGCCCGGGUACCUGGGCGCCCAACAAGGUCACAUUAGCCGAUGUCGCAAAAACAGAGUCCACAGAGAAACAACCAGAGGUCUACUUGACAGAUGACAACAACGCAGAAGUCGCGGAAGGCAGCCUCUGUCGGGGUCUCGGCGUCGGGACAUUCCCUGACCUUCAUUCUUGUGAACGAUUUAUCAUCUGCAUGCCCGGAGACUGGAUGGACCACUCCCCGCACAUCAUGAACUGUCCUGAGGGAACCAAGUUCGACCCUGACCUGAAGAUUUGUAACUACGCAUCAAGUGUCAACUGCGACAAAUAA